UCAGCCCAGCCCAGUCGGAUGAGAACUCGAACGCUACUUAUCAGAUCGUCGUUAGCGACACAAACCUCGUCUCGUAGCAGUCGUAGUCGUCCGUAGCAGCUGUAACCAUGAAGUCUUUCAUCAAUUACUCGGCAUCCAGCGAUUUCCCGAUCGAAAAUUUGCCGUACGGAAUCUUCUCAACAAAGGACAAGCCAGAAAAAAGAAUUGGAGUUGCCAUUGGUGAUCAAGUUUUAAACUUGAGUACUAUCGCAAAUUAUUUUGAUGGACCACUGUUACAAAAUAAACAAGAUGUAUUUCACCGUGAUUGUCUGAACGAUUUUAUGUCUCUUGGAAGACCUUCAUGGCUAGAAGCAAGAUCCAAACUGCAAGAGUUACUUUCUGCCAAUAAUCAAACUUUACAAGAUCCGGAAGUUCGCUCUAAAAUCUUCGUUGCACAAAAAGAUGCUAUAAUGCAUUUGCCAGCAAAAAUUGGUGACUACACCGAUUUUUAUUCAUCUAUUCAUCAUGCUACAAAUGUUGGCAUUAUGUUCCGUGGGAAAGAAAAUCCGUUGAUGCCAAAUUGGAAAUAUUUGCCGGUUUGCUAUCACGGAAGAGCAAGUUCCGUUGUUGUGUCAGGCACGCCCAUAAGACGACCGUGCGGUCAAACACUUCCGGUUGAAGGUGCAGCACCUGUUUUUGGGCCUUGUAGAUUAAUGGAUUUCGAGCUCGAAGUUGCUUUCUUUGUCGGCGGACCAUCUACUAAUCUCGGUGAUACUGUUCCAGCUUCAAAAGCUUAUGAUUACAUUUUUGGGAUGGUCCUAAUGAACGAUUGGAGCGCACGAGACAUUCAAAAAUGGGAAUACGUACCACUAGGGCCAUUCGGCUCGAAAAAUUUGGGCACGACAAUUUCUCCAUGGGUCGUUACGAUGGAGGCUCUAGAGCCCUUUAAAGUACCAAAUAUAAUUCAAGAUCCAGAACCAUUUCCAUAUUUGCAGCAUGAUGAGUCCUGUAACUUUGAUAUUAAAUUGGAAGUUGAUAUUAAACCAUCAAGUGACGUAGUCACAACCGUAUGCCGCAGCAAUUUCAAAUAUAUGUACUGGACUCCGCGACAGCAACUGGCGCAUCAUACUGUGACUGGGUGCAACAUUAAUCCUGGCGAUUUGAUGGGUUCCGGCACUAUAAGUGGAGACACUUCGGAUUCUUACGGUUCUAUGCUCGAGUUAUGCUGGAAAGGCACACAUAACAUUCCGUUAAAAGAUGGUACAACAAGAAAAUUUCUUCAAGAUGGUGAUGAAGUAAUUCUUCGUGGUUAUUGUGUCGGUGAUGGUUAUAAAGUCGGUUUCGGGUCAUGUACGGGUAAAUUGUUACCUGCUAACCUGCCAACACUAUAAGUGAAAUUGGUGCAUAAGUAAAAAAUUACAAAUAUUUUGCUGUUUUCUACAUCUUAAUUUUAUAUUUGAUUUUGAAUAUAUAAAAUAAACUUUUUAUUUGAUAUAUAUUAUAUAUACACUUGCUUCCUAUUGUUUCAAGUUAUUGUUCCAAAUCAUCAAUAGCGAGAGUUGAAAAUGACAAUGAUAUUUAAUUUUAAGUUAAAAUUAAAUAAAAUAUAAUUACCUAUAUAGUAA